GCGCCCUACUAGCCACAGGGGAAGCAAAUCACGAGGUUUGCCUCAUCCUAAAUGACCUAUUAGGUAGGUUUCAAUUAAAUCCUAAGGUUACUUCAAGUCGAAUCCAAUUAUUCUUAAUUACUCUAAGUAAAGCAACUCAUUUGUUUCGUCAUAUGGGCCUCGAGCAUAAUUGCGACCUAACAUUUAAGCUGAGCCUAGCUAAACUAACUAUUAUACCUUCGUUCAUCCCUAGAACUCGCAUAAUAAAGUAUUUACGACCGCAAAUAUCUAUUCAUCUAUAUGAGUAAUACCACACUCGAGAUUUAUAAUUAAACCGCGGCGAAAAUAUUGGAGAUCAAGAUGGAUGGGAAAUUAUCCUUUGACGAACCUCCCCCCUAUACUGCACUUCCAACAAAUCACCCCAUCUCAAAUGAGUUCCAGUUGAACUCGUUAACUUACCACCUGCAACACCAUGUAUCGUCCCUCCCAGAUCGUAUUCGAGCGACGCAACAAGUUCGAAAAGCUGAGCAAACGUCGGGCGAUGCAUCCCUAUUAGACCACAUCGUCCCCAUCGUUGAAGAGUUCUUAGCCGAUUUAGGGGCUCGACAUACUCCCGUUCCGCUGGCUACCCUUACUCUAAUUCCAGAUGUUGCGGUGCCUAAAAACGCAAUGCUUAGUGGCUUGGAAGACAUGAAACGGCGCGGGGAAAUAUGCCGUGUCUCUAGAAUCUCAAUGGAUAAGAUCAGCAAGGAUUCCAAGUCUAAUUCCGAGACACCCAAAUCUCAAAAUGUGAGCGAAGACCCGAGCUGGGCUUCGGGGCAGGAGUUUACUGGUUGGGGACGGUUUGGGGAACCGGAAUCGCCAAGCGACGACACGGAGCGAAAUAAGCUGCUAUGGUGGCGCGAUGAGGAGAUGGCGCGUCGCCUAGCGACAUAUCUACAACCGAGAAAAGAAAAGACGGCGCCAAAAACUGUAGUGCAAGCUGUGGUAGAGCAGCGGAUACCAGCGAAGAAAGAAAAGAAAAGCUGGCUUUGGGGAAAACGCGCGAGUGGUCAGACAUCUGAAUCUGCGCCAACACCGACGGAGACCGAGGUCAAAGUGGAUAAGACACGGGAAGAAGAAAAAGGAGCUGAAAUGGUUGUCACCGCUCAGGAGGUCGCGUUUCGUCAGGAGAAUGAGCUUGGGAUAUGGGAGAGCUUUCCUGGGUGGGGUGUCGUGGUGGCUGUGAAGGUGAAGACCUGAGGCUAGCGUCUCCGUGUGUUGAUAGAUAUGAAGAUCAUCGAGUCAUCCACUGUUACCGUGUCCAUUUUUCUAGGCAUAUGUUCGUGAAUGCCCGAGCUCCGAGGGUUAUUGUGUCGCAACGAAACGUAGGGAAAAAUCAACACUUGUCGGAGUUUCCGGAGUUCCCAAUCGGGCUAAUCUUCGAAUCUUAUCAAUUUAUGAAAAAGCAUAUAUCUUAUAUAACAUGAUUAUAUUGUAAAAAUGCAGUAAA